AUGCAAGACAAUCUAGACUUGCGGGUCCCCCAACUGGGCUUGCUGCACUUGACUGAAGACAUGGACAUCGUAAAACCGGAAAUCCAUCAGCCAUCGACACGCCUUGUUGUUGCGGAGCGUCAACCGCCUUCUCUGCUAGAUCUGCCAUUUGAAUUGAGAGACGAUAUACUCAGAUACCUCCUAGUGUCGAACACGGAGGUUCGGCCAUACUCUGCUGACUCGGUAUCUGUGCACCCUUCAAUCUUGGGUACCUGCAAGCAAAUCCGUGACGAAGGUAUCGGAUACCUCUACAAGAAGAACAGCUUUGUCUUGGACGAACCCAUUAAUACAAUGCAAUUCUUCUCAAGGGAAUUCCAAGGCAGCCGCUCGCUCAUCACCAACAUGACUUUCGACCUUGGUGCCGCCCUCCCGCUACUAGACCGCCGUGGGCACCCCAGCUCCAGCCACACUAGGCAGGGUUGGCAGGAUAAUUACAAAAACCUGCGGGAACUGGCACUCUCAAUCCUACACUGGAGCAUGGCGCUGGAGAACAUACCGGCAGGAUUGUCCUCUGUGACAGUCAUCCAGUACGACUUCCUGAAACACUGCCUUCACAUCCGGUUGUUCGAUGCCGCACAUACUUUGUAUUUCUGCCCAGGUUGCGCAUUUACACAAUUUGCCCGAGACCACCCUGUUGAAGAAUUCUUGCCGAGUGCUUUGGCAGGGCGCAUUCGUUUUACGCAGGGUCCACAGGGUCUGAUUUCCUAUAUUCCUGAUGCCAGUCCGCAUGUUAGUGACGAGGAAGCUCGAAUGCGACGGGACGAGUUGGAGGAGAUCGUGGCGCGCAGGGUUUCCAAGAUAUACAAUCGGCCUUGA